CAUGUUAAUGCGUGUGUGGAUGAGCGCGCCGCGCGUUCACGGCUUCGUCUGGGGAGACGCGCCUCUCCAUCCACGACAAUCCGCUCUUUCUCCGUGGGCCACAUCAGCAAGGAUAUAAGCGAUAAGAUGUCAGGAAUGAAGCAGCUGGUCGCAGCAUGCUGGACCUGCCUGCUGAUCUCCGCCUUCCUCUGUGAGCCUGCGCUCUCUAAAGGAGGUCGUGGAGGCUCCCGGGGCUCCUCUCGUGGAUCCCCCUCGCGCAGCUCCACGGGAGGCACCUACCGGGGAGGAGGAGCCUACGGUGGGACGCGCUCUCGCUUCAGGGUCGCUGGACGAUCGUCUCCGGUGAGGGUGGCGAGCGCUGCUGCGGCCGGAGCCGCGGUGGCUUUAACUGCGGACAAAUGGUACGCGUCCGCCUACCGCCGCAGCAACACGGACAGCUCCGAUGAGCAGCUGGAUUACUACAACAGGACCAAUUACUUUGAUGCACUGAUGUCAAGCUCAACUCAGAACGGAUCAUUUCUCUCCAAUGUUGUUCAUGUUAUUAUUGCAACAUUUUCCACAAAGUAUGGACUGGCGUUGGACUGUAUACUGUAAAAAUAAAACCCUUAUUUUAUGAUACAUUCCUGAUCAUAAGCCCAAAGUGGAAGGACUCAGUAAAAAAAUACACUACUGUCAUUUUAUACCAGUGGAAACAAGCAUUCCCUCACACAGUUUAUCUUGUAAGGAGUGAACCAUGCAAAAUGUUCUAUAACUGAGAGCCAAAUAUAACUGUUUUCCUACAGUUAUUACUAUACUGCCAUUUUAUUUUUGCUUACAAAACAUUUUAUAUAGCACUAGAAAAAUGCAAAGUCAACUCAGACUGUGUUAAGUGCUCUACACCUCACCUACAGUUUUAUGGGGUGUGCAGACUUUGAUCCAAUGAUAAAACCUCUUGGUGGCACAUGAAUAACAAACUGAAAUCAAGUGGGAACCAGCAUAAUCCGGUCUAAAAUUAAAUCGCUCUUACUGAAUGAGAACCUUUGCUUUUUUUUAAGGUUUGUUGCACAACUAUUAUAUCCACAAAAAUAUAGGUGUUUUGAAUAAUUUAUGUCCUAGACAAGACAUUUCCCUUUACAACUUUCCUUUAUCGUUGGUUUGAGAUGCAUCACAAAUAUAAUCAAGCAGAUGUCCUCUUCAUUACUCCUUUUUCCCAUUUUCCUCUUGUGUCCAUCCUUCCCAAGUAUCUCUCUCAGGAGCAAAAGACUGUUCCAUCGCUAUAAGUGCACUCUAAUAUAGUCUGCAACACGUGUACAUAUCAAAUACAAGGAUUUGUAUCACUCUUUCUGCAAAUAAAUAAACAGU